CCUUAUCAGACAUUGUAGAAUCCACACAGGAGAGAUGCCCUACACGUGCUCUGAGUGUGGGAAAAGCUUCUAUGGCCGCUCACAGCUUAUCACACAUUCUAGAAUCCACACAGGAGAGAAGCCCUACACGUGCUCUGAGUGCGGGAAAAGCUUCAGUCAGCGCUCAGACCUUAUCGUACAUCAGAGAAUUCACACAGGAGAGAAGCCCUACACGUGCUCUGAAUGCGGGAAAAGCUUCACUCGGAGCUCACACCUUAUCAGACAUUGUAGAAUCCACACAGGAGAGAAGCCCUACACGUGCUCUGAGUGUGGGAAAAGCUUCUAUGGCCGCUCACAGCUUAUCACACAUUCUAGAAUCCACACAGGAGAGAAGCCCUACACGUGCUCUGAGUGCGGGAAAAGCUUCAGUCAGCGCUCAGUCCUUAUCAGACAUCAGAAAAUAAUCCACACAGGAGAGAAGCCCUACACGUGCUCUGAAUGCGGGAAAAGCUUCACUUGGAGCUCACACCUUAUCAGACAUUGUAGAAUCCACACAAGAGAGAUGCCCUACACGUGCUCUGAGUGCGGGAAAAGCUUCUAUGGCCGCUCACAGCUUAUCACACAUUCUAGAAUCCACACAGGAGAGAAGCCCUACACGUGCUCUGAGUGCGGGAAAAGCUUCAGUCAGCGCUCAGUCCUUAUCAGACAUCAGAAAAUGCACACAGGAGAGACGCCCUACACAUGCUCUGAGUGCGGGAAAAGCUUCAGUCACAGCUCUGCCCUGAGCAAUCAUAGGAGAAUCCACACAGGAGAGACGCCCUACACAUGCUCUGAAUGCGGGAAAAGCUUCACUUGGAGCUCACAGCUUAUCACACAUUCUAGAAUCCACACAGGAGAGAAGCCCUACACGUGCUCUGAGUGCGGGAAAAGCUUCAGUCAGCGCUCAGACCUUAUCGGACAUCAGAGAAUUCACACAGGAGAGAAGCCCUACACGUGCUCUGAAUGCGGGAAAAGCUUCACUCGGAGCUCACACCUUAUCAGACAUUGUAGAAUCCACACAGGAGAGAUGCCCUACACGUGCUCUGAGUGUGGGAAAAGCUUCUAUGGCCGCUCACAGCUUAUCACACAUUCUAGAAUCCACACAGGAGAGAAGCCCUACACGUGCUCUGAGUGCGGGAAAAGCUUCAGUCAGCGCUCAGUCCUUAUCAGACAUCAGAAAAUGCACACAGGAGAGACGCCCUACACAUGCUCUGAGUGCGGGAAAAGCUUUAGUCACAGCUCUGCCCUGAGCAAUCAUAGGAGAAUCCACACAGGAGAGACGCCCUACACAUGCUCUGAGUGCGGGAAAAGCUUCAAGCAGAGCUCACACCUUAUCAGACAUCAGAGAAUCCACACAGGAGAGAAGCCCUACACAUGCUCUGAGUGCGGGAAAAGCUUCAGUCACAGCUCUGCCCUUAUUAGACAUCAGAAAAUUCACAUGAGAGAGAACUGUAAUAAAUCCCUUGACUAGGGCUGGCCAAAGAUUUUUUUUUUUUUUUAAACAAAUCACAUUUGCUAAUUCCCACAUAGUGAUUUUUGCACUGUCUUCACUGUGGCCUCUCAGCUCCACCAGAUCAGUUACCUGCUUCUGCCUUUUGCAGUUCACCCUUCUUUGGGGUCAGUCCUGUGAUCUUUUCGAUCAACUCCUUUCCUUUUGAGUUGUAGGAGUGUGUGUCCCUCCAGCCAGGAAUGUUCAUUAGCUCCAGGUGGGAGAGAGAGGUUUGAUCCCAACAAGCUACACUGAGGCAAAAACUACCUGUGCCUUACGUCCACUAGGACUGUAUAUAGCGUUGGCUGCUCAAGUUAGUGAUCUUGGUGUAAAAAGACAAUUUAUAGUUGUAGUUCAGAUGCCGCCCAGGUGCAGUGGUUGGCAUUAGCUUUCCCCUUGACCUGACCUAAACUCCAUCACUUUUCCUAGUCUAAACAAACCCUGAGCAUCACAGUUAUACUGUUCCGCCAUUUCAAAGCAAUUGUUAGUCAUCAAGUUCCCUCUUGGGGAAGAAAUUGUUUCAUUCCCAGUUGCUCUGUUGUUGCUUCAAGUUGUGUUGGAGAGCAGAUCUUUUUACUACCAUUUUCCUCACUUAAAAUAUAUUGAACUAUAACAAAGAGCAGGAACAGGGCAGGGAUAGGGAAAAAUUGUCAUUUCACCCUGUGGAAGCAGAGAAAGAACUGACAGCAAGGGGAUGCAGUGCAUGACAGUUUGUUAGCAAGAGUCAGGCUAACUGUAACCCUAAUAACAUGAGAUUUGUAGAAGCGAGGAAUGUGUGAGGCGAGUGGGAAAGAACUGUGUGAGAAGUUGUUGCAACCUUGUGUAGAUAAUAUGGAAUGUAGACUAAGAGUCUACAUCAGUGAGCAAAACAAGAUAUCAGAAUGACCUAUGUAUAAACAAAAUGCAGGUGUUGCUCAUUGUCUGUAACAAAAGGUAUAAAUGCUUGCUGUAAUUGUUUACCUGUUGAGAGACCUGUUUAGCUCUCUCCCUCUACGCAAUUGCUUGAGAAAAUAAAGUAUCUGACUUGCUGU